GUUGCUUUUGUUUUGUUUGUACAAUGUUGAAGAAAUCUUCCCACAUGCACACUUGUGUAUUUUCUGCAUAUACUUGCUACGUAGUGACACAUCACCCCGGCGAUGCCAAAUGAUGUUUGUUCUCACAAAGAACUGUUUGUUAAAGUCAACCUGCACUACAACAAAACCUCCAUACAAAGAAUAAAAUAAUCUUACCAAGUCAUGAAAUUCAGUGCCUACAUCAUCCUGCAGUGUGUUUCAAAAUCCUAGAGAUCUUCAUCAUGGCAGACAGAGAAAAAGCGACUGAUCAGAUGAAACUGUGGAAGGAGGGUCGCAGCUCUCAGCGGCCGGACGUCCUGACCACUGGUGCUGGUGUCCCGAUCGGUGACAAAUUAAAUUUGAUGACAGCGGGUCCACGUGGACCCCUGCUGGUACAGGACGUUGUGUUCACUGAUGAGAUGGCACACUUUGACCGAGAGCGAAUCCCAGAGAGAGUCGUGCAUGCUAAAGGAGCAGGAGCAUUUGGUUAUUUUGAAGUCACCCAUGACAUCACCCGAUAUUGCAAAGCCAAAGUGUUUGAGCAUGUGGGAAAGACGACACCCAUCGCUGUGCGCUGUUCCACCGUGGCUGGUGAAGCUGGGUCUGCAGAUACCGUGAGAGAUCCUCGAGGAUUUGCUGUCAAGUUUUACACGGAUGAGGGAAACUGGGACCUUGUAGGAAACAACACUCCCGUCUUCUUUAUCAAAGAUGCCAUGUUGUUCCCGUCCUUCGUUCAUACUCAGAAGCGUAAUCCGCAGACUCACCUGAAGGACGCAGAUAUGGUUUUUGAUUUCUUGAGCCUACGACCAGAAUCUUUACAUCAGGUGUCUUUCCUGUUCAGUGAUCGGGGAAUCCCAGACGGCCACCGUCAUAUGAACGGAUACGGAUCACACACUUUCAAACUCGUCAACGCUGAGGGGAAACCUGUUUACUCCAAAUUUCACUACAAGACUAAUCAGGGCAUUAAGAAUUUGCUGGUUGAAAAGGCGGCACAGUUGGCAUCUACUGAUCCAGAUUACGCCCUUAGAGAUCUCUACAACGCCAUUGCUGAUGGAAACUUCCCAUCCUGGACCUUCUACAUCCAGGUCAUGACCUUUAAGCAGGCUGAAAACUGGAAGUGGAAUCCGUUUGAUUUGACAAAGGUCUGGCCUCAUAAAGAUUUCCCUCUGAUUCCUGUGGGCCGCUUCGUGUUGAACCGAAACCCUGUGAACUAUUUUACAGAGGUUGAGCAGCUCGCCUUUGAUCCCAGUAACAUGCCACCUGGCAUUGAACCAAGCCCAGAUAAGAUGCUGCAGGGGCGUCUUUUCUCUUACCCAGAUACACAUCGCCAUCGGCUCGGUCCGAAUUACCUCCAGUUACCUGUUAACUGUCCUUUCCGCACCCGUGUUGCAAACUACCAGAGAGACGGCCCAAUGUGUCUGAAUGACAACCAGGGGGGAGCUCCUAACUACUACCCCAACAGCUUCAGUGCCCCAGAGCACCAGGCACACUUCAAGGAGUCAAAAUUUGGAGUGUCCGCUGAUGUGGGCAGAUACAACAGCGCAGAUGAUGAUAAUGUGACUCAGGUGCGUACGUUCUUCACUCAGGUGCUGAAGGAAGAUGAACGAGAGCGUCUGUGUCAAAACAUGGCCGGCCACCUGAAAGACGCUCAGCUGUUUAUUCAGAAACGCAUGGUUCAAAACCUGAUGGCCAUUCAUUCAGAUUAUGGGACUCGUGUUCAGAAACUCCUGGAUAAAUACAACGCCGAGGGGAAGAAGAACACAGUUCAUGUUAAUAUGAAUGGUGGGGCUUCUUCUGUGGCUGCUACUUCCAAAAUGUGAAUCAAAAGAGCACAGACCUACACCAAACAAAGAUACACAGUCAAUUGUACUAACACACACUCACAUAUUUAACCAAAAACAUAUACACUCUAUAUAUUUUGUCAAUGAGAGAUAUUUGUGUUUAAUUCAUUCCUUUUGUUAUGUAGAAGUGCAGGUUUCAUAUGUUAUGUGGCCAUAUCACAAUAUAAGUGUGUCAUGUAUAAAUAUAACACUAAUUUGACAAUGCAGCACAAUUUACUAACCCAUAAAGAGGCCUUUAAUACACAUUAGGACACUGUUCUGAAAAAAAAAAAUUUUUUGAGUCAACUAAUAUUUUUAAGUCAAAUCAACUAAAAAUUUAAUGCAACCAGGUAAUGUAGU